CUGGGUAUUUUGGGAGUCUGGGAACGAGUAGGAUGCGAUCYAAGAUGGCGACUUCCUUGCUUGAAAUGYGCACUUCUUUGRACGAUGACUGUCUAUCAUACAUUUUAACGUAUAUUGAUGACUUYAGAUCAUUUUAUAACUUUUCUCUUACAUGUAAACAAUUCUACAAAGCUUCUUUGUGGACUAGGAACUGGCACCUCAACAUUGUGAAGAGAAAGACCAGGUUUUAUGCCGCGCGAUUUGUCCUCCUCGAGAUGUCUUGUGUUCUUGGUGUUUGCCCUUUAUCUACAGUAACUUUACCAGAGAUUUUACGAUGGGCGAACAUCAGCAAGGUAAUGAAGCCAACACUGRAAAAUGUACAGAAGGUGUGGGCAUCAAGAGGGCCGGUAGCAGCCGAGCUCUUUGUCAGGAUGAGUGASUACAAAACGUGGAGAAAGCCCAAAGAAAAAGGRGAAAAUAGACCGACUGGGUAUGUCUUGGACAAAAGUGUGGAAGUUCUAUUUUCGCCAUCUGAGGAACCGAUCUCGAUAUACUUUACUCAUGACGAAAGUCUAGACUGCGACUGCUUGUCUAUUCAAUUCCGUCAAAUCUGGGGUUCAAGUAAACAAGAAGUCCUUGAGUUUAGUGAAUAUUUGGAGAGCUGGAAUGACGACAUGGAAGAGAUUGAACCUUUCAGAGAAAUGAAAGGUUACAUUCAGAGAGAAAUAGGAACGACUAAUCCACCAAUUACAGCCAAGUUCCUGGUUAAAAGUUUUUUCCUCCCACAAGAAUUACUUGAGAUCAAUCCUAAUGUKGAUCUUGCAGAUCUUGAACAAGAAAAACCAUKCUUCCUGGAUGAAGCGCGAAAUGCCAAACCAACCAAAAAGUCACUGCAAAAUACCCUUGCUUUAUUGGAGAACCAACCCGAUUCAUUUARAAGUUUCGUGAAUGUUGUAGAUGAGUCUUUAAAUAUCMAAGAAAUAAACAAAAUGGYCAAAUUCKUACCUCCRAGUAUACCAAUGGAUAAUUUUUCCUGUUAUCUGAAUGUCUGUGAAUUGCAACAAGAUUUUACUSUAGACUCUUUACUUAAGUUGAUGCUUAGGACAAGCUUUUGUCCUGAUGUUCGACAGUAUCAAGUUACAGAAGAAGGACAGCGUAAAAUAGUUGUCGAAGUUAAAGCAAGUGUCACUUUACUAAAAGGCAAAGAAGCUACUCUAGAAAUAUCCUUAAAUGUUCAUCCAGGAAUUUCAACAUCAGGAAGGAUUCAUCUUCCAGGAAAUGAUGAGGUUAUAGAGAUAAAUGUACCAUCCUUUGGCUCAUYGGAGUUUCAUUUAGYUCAAUCAGCCUUGGAACCWCUUCAACCUUUCACUGAUGCACUGAAAGAGUGCCUUGWGUGCAGCCCAACAGACAAUUUGAAGCUAACCAAUUACAAGUUKUGGCGAUACUUUUGUGUAAUGGCAUCCCAAGACACAGCUGCAUGUGCCCCAAUAGAUGGAAACUAUCUCUGUGAGAAAUYUUUUCUUCGCCGAUUACGAUGAAAUCUUUAUGACAACAGUGAUGUUUCCCAUACCAAYAUUGAUUUUAUGGUUGAUGAUGAUUGUUAAGAUAGUUAAUACGGAUCAUCAUUGUUGCUUUUUUAUGGUUGAUUGGCACAAAAAUAAGAAACUAUUAUUUCGUCUCUACUUUUCGUAGGAAAUAGACACCAGACAGAAAAACUGUAUGCAUAUUGAAAUAAAGUCAGAUAUUCUUGUUACUGUUGUGUAAAAAGAUAAAUUGUUGUGUAAAAUGAUAAAUUCUUGUUACUGUUGAGGAAAUAUUUAGUGAUUUAUUUUUAAUAAUAUGUGAUAUAACAUGAUGAUGAUAAUUUUAAAUUAUUUUAUGCCAUAAUUCGA